AUGGACUCAGAUUCAGACACAGCCGAUCACGAUGUGGUUAUCAUUGGCGCUGGCGUUUCCGGCAUCAACGCCGCCUAUCGCCUCCAGACCCAAUUGCCAGGCUGCCGCAUCAUCGUCCUAGAAUCUCGCGCUUCCAUGGGCGGCACAUGGGACCUGUUUCGUUACCCAGGCAUCCGAUCCGACUCUGACAUCUUUAGCUUCGGCUUCGCCUGGAGUCCCUGGUACCGAACCCAGACCCUCGCCCACGGUGGCGACAUCAAGCAGUACAUGAUUGACGCCGCUAAGAAGAACGGCCUCGACAAGUACAUCCACUACAACCACAAGGUCCUCUCCGCCAACUGGCUCUCCAAGGAGCAAACCUGGGAGAUUGUGGUGCGGAAAGCAGGUCAGAAAGAACCGGUCCUGUACAGAGGCCGGUACAUCUUCCUCGGCACAGGCUACUACAACUACGAACAGCCUCGACAGACAACCAUUCCCGGUUUGGAAAAUUUCAAGGGAAAAAUCAUUCACCCGCAGUUCUGGCCAGAGGACUACGAUUACAGCGACAAAGAAAUGGUCGUCAUUGGUAGCGGUGCCACUGCCGUCACCAUUGUACCAUCCGUCGCCGACAAGGUCAAGGGUGUGACCAUGCUGCAGCGGAGUCCAACGUACAUCCUCCCGAUUGCCAACAACAGCAAGAUUCGCAGUUUUCUCUUUACCAUCCUCCCGGGGAUGGUCAUGCACAAAAUCAACAGAGCGACGUGGAUUCUCAUCGCCUGGCUGUUGACGGUGUGGUGCACUCAUUUCCCAGCGGCUGUAGCACGUUACAUCCAUCAGCAGACUAUCAAGCUACUGCCGCAGGGAUAUGCAUUGGAUCCAAAUUUUAAGCCGCGGUACAAACCCUGGGAGCAGCGAUUAUGCGUGGUCCCCGACGGCGACAUAUUCGCCGCCAUUCGGACGUCAAAAGCCGCCGUAGUGACGGAUACCAUCCGCACAGUAACGGCAGACUCCAUUGAGCUCACCUCGGGGAAAACUCUGCCUGCCGAUGUUAUAGUUACCGCCACUGGAAUCCAGCUCCUCUUUGCUGGUGGCAUUCAAUUCACCACUGAUGAUGCCCCCUUUGACGCGUCCAAAAAGUUUGUCUGGAAUGCCGCCAUGAUUCAAGACCUACCCAACACUGUUUUCUCCCUGGGAUAUCUCAAGUCGGGCUCGUGGACUUUGGGUGCCGACUGUGCGGCACAGUUGCUGAUAAGGUUGAUGAAGGAGGUGCGGAAGAAGGACGCUGGUGUCGUCACGCCUCGCAUCGAUGGCACGCGAGAGAUGGUGUCACGGCCACUGUGGGGAAUCCUGAACUCGACGUAUCUGAAGGGCUACGAGACUGAGUUUCCGCAGACGAGCACGGGAAUAUGGUGCAACAGAGAUAAUUAUAUCAAGGAUAUGUAUGCGGCCAGAUGGGGAGACAUCAAGACUGGCUUGAGUUUCGAGUAA